AUGGGCAAUAAUCCGUCCAAGGGCCCUGUAGGAGACGGGCCGAGUCCGGUACCUUCGGGCACCACGAGCCUGACGGCUUCGACGAGUGAUAGAAGAGCGGCUCGCGGGCCAUCUGGCAACGGCCCCUCAAGCGCCGCAAAAGCGCCCGUAGCCGACAUCUCCGCCUCCAGGGAAACUGCCACAGGCCAAUCGUCCUCCCAAAAUCAGGCUUCCGCUCAACAAUUGUUGCAGUCUCGCGAUGUCGCAGAGUCACCUACGCGGACUGUAGAUCGGCCGGAGCCCAAGAAUAUCGGUUCUCCUCGCUCGAAGGACAUUUCUGCGCCUGAUCCGUCCGAUCCUGUCCAAGUACCGAUGUCCCGCGCUGCUGCUGCUCGACGUGACCAGUACGAACCUGUCGCUCCAUCGGGCCCCCCUCACAAGAUGUACUAUACUGCCGCCCAUCAUCUGCAGCGCCCACCGCGGAUGCCUCUGCCGAUUGGAGAUGCUACAGCUACGCCAGGCUCGCCCAUAAGCGGCCCUGAUGACACGAGUCCUCUCGCUACCGAAGAGAAACCGGGCGAUAAGACGACCGCGGCCAAAUCUGACCUUGCAACGACCGAGGGUGAGGGUACUGUGGAUGAACAUCAGCCGCACACUACUGGCGGCGUGGGCAUACCUGUUCCUACGCUUAUCGAAUGGACGUCCGGUGGUAACAAGGUCUAUGUAACGGGUACUUUCGUCAACUGGGAGAAAAAGUUUCGGCUACACAGAAGCGAGUUUAACCCCGAUGUUCUCUCCACGAACUUAAAUCUCCGUCCCGGAACACAUCAUCUAAAGUUUAUCGUUGAUGGUGAGAUGCGCGCCUCGGACAAUCUCCCCACCGCCGUUGACUUUACGAAUCACCUGGUCAACUAUAUCGAAAUCAGUCCCGACCAGGUAAACCGGCCGGGGAGAGAGAGCGACAAAGCCGUGCCCCCUGGUGUCCAUCCUCCGCAGGUACUUCCCAAGGAAGUUGCAGAUGGAAAAGUUGAAUCUGCCGUUGAACACGGAAAGCCAGGAAAAGAAGAGGCGCCGGAGGAAAUUCCGAUCGGCGAUUUUCGUGGGGUUGUCCCACAGUUCCUCCUCGACCUUGACAAAGACGAGGAAAGCCCGUGCUAUCAGCAAGCUGUCAAUAUCAUUGGUGAUGCGCCAACACCACCUAGUCUCCCACUUUUCCUUGGAAAGUCUAUCCUCAAUGGCACUACGCCAGUGAAGGAUGAUAGCAGUCUUCUGAAUAACCCUAAUCAUACUGUGCUGAAUCAUCUUGCUACGAGCAGUAUAAAGCACGGUGUUUUAGCCACCAGUGUGACAACCAGAUACAAACGAAAGUACGUUACGACGAUCUUGUAUAAACCAACAGGGGAUAUCGGUCAAGGUCAAUAA